AUGGAUUCACUUGGACAAGUUAUAAGUAUGAUUCCUGGACUUGGUACAGAAUUUAUAUCAAAAAGUGGUGAACAAGAAUCACAAGUACACUUGAAAAAAAUGAUGUGCAUUAUGGAUAGUAUGAAUGAUAAUGUUAAAAAUCAACCUGGUCGUUAUACUAGAGUAGCUCGUGGUGCUGGUGCUUCAAUGCGUGAUGUACAAGAUUUAAUAGCCCAAUAUUCGAAAUUUAAAAAAGUGAUGAAACAAAUGCAUGGUAUUAAAGGUUUAUUUGAUUUAGGAAAUAUGAAGAAAACUGUUAAUCCAGCAGAAAUGCAAAAAUUAACUAGUCAAAUGAAUAAAUUAAUUGAUUCAAAAAUUUUAAAUCAUAUGGGUGGUGGACCAGGUAAAUUAUUAAGUAGUGACAACUAA